AUGGAUGGCAGAGGAUAUCGAGGUUUCUAUACACCCACACUCGUCGACUUCAUUGCGAUGAUAUUGGCAUGGACUUUUUUGGUUGUCACAUUCCCGAUUUCCGCGUUUUUCUGUAUCAAAAUGGUGAAGGAAUAUAAUCGUAUGGUAAUAUUCCGCCUGGGAAGACUCUGGCACGACAAUCCGAAAGGUCCUGGGCUCGUGCUCGUACUACCAUUUAUUGACGUUCACAAAACCGUCGACUUGAGAGUGAUGUCUUAUGACGUUCCUACUCAAGAGAUGUUGACAAGAGACAGUGUUACCAUUGGCGUAGAUGCCGCCGUGUAUUACCGAACUAGUGAUCCAAUUGCCAGUUUAUCACGGGUAAAUGAUGCUCAUAUGUCGACUCGUCAGUUGGCGCAAUCGUCGUUAAGGAAUGUAUUAGGCACACGAUCACUAGAAGAGCUCAUGACAGAUCGUCAUGGGAUUGCAAUACAAGUUAAGCAUAUUCUGGAUAGUGCCACACUGUUCUGGGGGAUUCAUGUAGAGCGAGUAGAAAUCAAGGACUUGAAGUUACCUAGAGACAUGUGUCGUGCGAUGGCGGCUGAAGCUGAAGCACAAAGAGAAAGUGAUGCAAAAAUUGUGAUAGCUCAAGGAGAACUUGAUGCAUCUCUGGCAUAUCAUGAAGCUGCAAACGAACUAGCAGGUUCACCAACAGCUAUACACCUUCGGCUGCUUCAGACACUUGUCAGAAUAUCGGCGAUUGAUAAUCACACAAUAGUGUUGCCAUUUCCAAUGGAAUACAUCAAGAAGGUGAUGAGGAAAAAAUGGAUCCACAAAUAA